CCAGAGCCGGUAAAAUGCCGUGGCUGGCUAGUAACGGACUUCCUUAGUUGUGCACCUGAGUAAGGCAACCUUCUCGGGGUCCUUAGGCAAUCUGAAAUCAACAGACCCAGACACGCCCAACUCCCCGGGGCCCCACAACAGUCAGUCAUCUGACCAUUCUGGUCUUGGUCAGGUGACAGGGGCGGAGCACAUUUGGCAGAAGACGGAAGACCAGGGAGUGCAACGCCAGCCUCCGAAGGUGGCAAAGAAAGUCAGGGGCUGUCCUGGUGACACGGUCCCAGAGGUCCCCCCAUGCUGAUGCGCAUGCGCCUGGCACUCGUGCUGCUGCUCCUGCAGCUGCUACCGCUCCUGUCACAAUGCAGGGCCACCAGUCCCCCGCGCUACGACCCCACGUGGAAGUCUCUGGACAGCCGCCCUCUGCCCUCCUGGUUCGACCAGGCCAAGUUCGGCAUCUUCAUCCACUGGGGAGUGUUCUCCGUGCCCAGCUUCGGUAGUGAAUGGUUCUGGUGGUAUUGGCAAAAGGAAAAGAGACCCAAGUUUGUGGAUUUUAUGAACAAUAAUUACCCUCCUGGUUUCAGAUAUGAAGAUUUUGGAGUACAGUUCACAGCCAAGUAUUUCAACGCCAACCGCUGGGCAGAUAUUCUCCAGGCCUCUGGUGCCAAAUAUGUUGUCUUAACUUCCAAACAUCACGAAGGCUUUACCUUGUGGGGUUCAAAGUAUUCCUGGAACUGGAAUGCCGUUGAUGAGGGGCCAAAGAGGGACAUCGUCAAGGAACUUGAGGUGGCCGUCAGGAACAACACUGCCUUGCGCUUUGGACUGUACUAUUCCCUGUUUGAAUGGUUCCACCCACUCUUCCUGGAGGAUAAGGCCAGUGUUUUCGAGAAGCAGCAGUUUCCCAUGUCUAAGACGUUGCCUGAGCUCUAUGAGUUAGUGACUAAGUACCAGCCCGACGUUCUGUGGGCAGAUGGAGAUGGGGGUGCACCAGAUCGCUACUGGAACAGUACUGGCUUCUUAGCCUGGCUGUACAAUGAAAGCCCAGUUCGGAACACGGUAGUCACCAAUGAUCGCUGGGGAGCGGGUUCCAUCUGCCAGCAUGGUGGCUACUAUACCUGCAGCGACCGUUAUAAUCCUGGACAUCUUUUGCCACAUAAAUGGGAGAACUGCAUGACAAUAGAUCAGUUCUCCUGGGGCUACAGGCGGGAAGCUGGAAUCGGUGAUUAUCUUACAAUUGAAGAAUUGGUGAAGCAACUUGUGCAAACAGUCGCGUGUGGAGGAAAUCUUUUGAUGAAUAUCGGUCCUACACUAGAUGGCAUCAUCCCUGUAAUUUUUGAGGAGCGAUUACGGCAGAUGGGAAUGUGGCUCAAAGUCAACGGGGAGGCUAUUUAUGAAACACACCCUUGGAGAGCUCAGAAUGACACUGCCACUCCAGAUGUGUGGUACACAACUAAACCCGAGAAAAAAAUAGUCUACGCUAUUUUUCUUAAGUGGCCCAUCUCAGGAAAGCUGUUUCUUGGACAACCUGUAGGUAGUCUGGGGGAAACAGAGGUAGAACUCAUGGGCCAUGGGCAGCCGCUGACCUGGGCUUCUUCAAAGCCAAAUGGGAUCACAGUGGAGCUGCCACACCUAAGUUUUCACCAGAUGCCCUGCAGAUGGGGAUGGACUCUCGCACUAACUAAUGUGACUUAACCUGCAGCUGGGAGACGUACGCCACAGGUACCUCUAACCCCUGGAAGUGGCAGGGUUUUUAAUAGGAGCACUAAAGAAAUCGGGGUGGAAAUGGUAAGAAAAAGCAAGUCAUUAGGCAAUGCAGCCUCCUUUCCCUCUCUUCCUGAAUAGCUCAUGUUACUAUUUGAAUAUUUCUGUGCUUUCCUACAAAGUUUCCUGUUAUUGAGUUCAUGUCUCCUGUGAGUCCCAGGUGGCGCAGUCUGUUCUAGAGAACUUAGAAAAUGGUGAUACCAUGGACUGAAUUUCUCCCAAGUCCUAUGUUUUUAUUAUUAUUAAAAAUUUCCACCUCCUCCCAUUUCCCUAACAUCCACACUCCCACCGUGGCUGUAUUUGGAAACAGAACACUUAAAGAGAUGAUUAAGAUUAAACUGUGUCAGAAGGCUAGCCCUAAUAAAAUAGGAAUGAAUCAUAGGGCUAGCCCUAAUACAAUAGGAAUCACAGGGCUAGCCCUAAUACAAUAGGAAUCAUAGGGCUAGCCCUAAUACAAUAGGAAUCAUAGGGCUAGCCCUAAUCCCAUAGGAUCUUGGUGCCCUAUAGGGAAAGAGAUAGCAAAGAUGCAAGAACACGGGAAAGCCAGGUAGAGCGAUGGCAAGAAGGCAGCCAUCUGCAAGCCAAGAAGAGUGUAGAAGAAACCAGAUCUCCCAACAGCCUGAUGUUGGACUUCUGGCUUCCAGGACUGUGAGAAGAAUAACGUCCUUUUGUUGAAGCCAUUCAGGAUGUGUUUGAUCUCCCCCCACCCAUUCUGUUAUUGAAUCCUCAUAUAAUGUAUGCAGUAUGCAAUAAAUUUGAUUGGAUGUAUGUUUCAAAUAAAUUAUCUUUUCAUUGUAAA